CCAGUCGCGCCUCGACCGGAAGUGACGAAUGUAGCCACGAGCGUGACGAACAGCUUGUUCGAAAAUACAACAAGGAAGUGACCGUUUAUUGUCAAGGAAAAUAGCCACCGGAUAACUCCUCUUCAGGUCGGGGGGCGCUUCCAUCGGUUAUCGGGUGUCGGAGGGGCCGGGGACGGGAGGGGGGGCGACAUAGUCACCGUGGACUUGCCCGAGAGCUAGUUUGCGACCGUCUGGAGGGAUUCUGCAUUUAGUCAGCUAGCUAGCUAGCUAGCGAUGAACACGGACGUUGAAUUCCACAUCAGGCAGAAUUACCCGUGGACCAAGCUUCCGGCCAAUGUCAAACAGGUUGAAAACCGCCACAAUCACGGUCUCUGUAUUGCAUCGUGUCAUUUCAUCCUGCAGAGUUUGGGGAACUCUCAGCGCGAGUAUGAGAAGCAGGUGCUGCUCUACAGCAUCCGCAACCAGCUGCGAUUCCGCAAUAACCUAGUGCGGCACGUGAGGAAGGAUGAGCGCAAGUAUUACGAGGAGCUCCUGAAGUACAGCCGGGACCAUCUGAUGCUGUACCCCUACCACCUGUCUGACAUCAUGGUCAAAGGCCUGCGGAUCACUCCUUUCUCAUAUUACAUAGGAAUCAUGGAGGAUAUCAUGAACAGUGAGAAGAGUUAUGACUCCUUGCCCAAUUUCACUGCUGCUGACUGUCUGCGGCUGCUUGGUAUCGGGCGAAACCAGUACAUUGACCUAAUGAACCAGUGCAGGUCUUCCAAAAAAUUCUUCCGCAGGAAAUCUGCGCGGGACCUGCUACCGGCCAAACCAGUGGAAAUCUCCGUGGAGCCGUGGUGGACGGCACAGACGGGCUACAUCACAGAGGACGAUAUCAGGAUCUGUUCUCCGGCAGAGAAGAAAGCCAUUGAUAAGAUGAUAGAUUCUGGUCCUCAGCUGGCUGGAUCAACGGAGUACAAUGUGGUCCUAAGCUUGUACAACCGGGGAUUCAUCUAUCUGGAUGUUCCAAUAUCUGAUGACAGCUGCAUCUCAGUGCCCCCGCUGGAAGGCUUUGUCAUGAACCGCGUCCAGGGCGAUUACUUUGAAACGCUGCUCUACAAAAUCUUUGUGUCCAUUGAUGAGCAGACAAACGUAGCAGAGCUGGCCAACGUGUUGGAGAUUGACUUGGGCUUAGUCAAGAAUGCAGUUUCCAUGUACUGUCGUCUCGGCUUCGCUGUAAAGAAAGGUCCGGUGAUCAGCGCGGAGCAGCUCCACCCCUCCUGGAAGAACGCCCCGUCUCUCAACAGACUCAAGAGCACCGUGGAUCCGCAGAAGAUGCUGCUGUCCUGGGAGCAGGGAAGUCCUGUGAUGGAGGGAGGCUCCUCAGCCACCGACACCGACACCACUAGUCUGGAAGAAGCAGACACAGGAAGCGUAAGCAGCCUGAGCAUCCCAGCCGCACCCACAAAGAGGAUUGCCUUCCUCUUCGACUCCACUCUCACGGCUUUCCUCAUGAUGGGCAACCUCUCCCCGAACCUGAAGAGUCACGCAGUGACCAUGUUUGAGGUGGGCAAGCUGUCGGAUGAGACUCUGGACAGCUUCUUGGCCGAGUUAGAGAAGGUGGAGAGCACAGCAGAGGGCGAGGCCCAGCGUUACUUUGACCACGCUCUGACCUUAAAGAACACCAUCCUGUUCCUGCGCUACAACAAAGAACUCACUCAGGACCAGGGACCUGAUAUCCCAAAUAUAGGCUUCCCCUUGGACAUGUUGCGCUGUGAGAGCCUGCUGGGUCUGGACCAGGCCACAUGCAGCCGUGUCCUCAACAAGAACUACAAGCUGCUGGUCUCCAUGGCGCCGCUGAGCAACGAGAUCAGGCCCAUCAGCAGCUGUACGCCUCAGCACAUUGGCCCGGCUAUCCCGGAGGUGAGCUCCAUCUGGUUCAAGCUAUACCUGUACCAUGUGACCGGCCAAGGCCCGCCCUCUCUGCUGCUCUCCAAAGGCUCCAGGCUCCGCAAACUGCCGGACACAUUUCAGGUCUACGACAGGUUGUUGAUCACCUCUUGGGGUCACGACCCCGGAGUGGUGCCUUCAUCCAACGUGCUGACAAUGCUGAACGAUGCCCUCACUCACUCUGCUGUACUGAUCCAGGGUCACGGUAUGCACGGCCACGGAGAAAGUGUUCACAUCCCUUUUCCUUUUAAUGCAGAAGAUCUGAAAGGAGAGUUCUCCUACUCCAACAUGUGUGUGCACAAGGCGCUGCAGAAGCUGAAAGAGAACGUGGACCUGGAGCACCAGUGUGGCUACAUCACCAUGCUCAAUGCCAACAACAGGCACCGCCGCAGGGCCAGCGACAGUGCUGAGUGCAGAGGGGACACGCAUCUAGGUGGAGGCCUGGACAACCACGGCAGCACCGAGUCAUUUGAGCUUGUGACGGAUGAAAACAACGGGGAAAUCAAAGGAAAGACGGACCCCUUUUCAUCUGAAGAUGAGUGGGUCCCUCUUGAACUCUGCUUCGGCAUGCCCCUCUUCAGCUCUGAGCUCAACCGCAAAGUGUGUCAAAAAAUCGCCUCACACAAACUGUGCAGCAACGAAAGCCUUCAAGAGCUGCUGCACUCGAGCCGAAAGCUAUCGCUGAAGGUGUUGAGCUUCGUCCAGUCAUUCCAGGACGGCAUGCAGCCCUCCGACCUGGACAGCGGCGUGUCGAACCCUCUCAGCCAGCCCCCAGCGGAGUCCGGUGUGCCCCUGCCCGCCCUCAACCUCAUCUUCAAGGACGGGCAGCUGAAGGAGUGGAGCGGACGGGCCCCUCCUCCCCUGGACAUCACAGCUCUGCAGAAGGACCAACACACAUAAGCCACCCACCCCUCAAUUAUUCCAGAUUCAGGUCACUAGUAAAAAACAACAACUAAUUGAUCAAAAAACACCAUCCCUCGCACUGAGGAAACGAUGCUAUUUGAGUUCCAACCCAGCAUCUUGUGUAUCAGUAUCCAGUCAUGGGAACAUGCACUUCAUCCCCCCUUACUGUAUGAGGAACACUAUUUCAAAUCCCCUCCGAUUCCUCAUAUUUGUAGCAGGGCAGUGUUAUCCGACGGUGUGGUGCUAUUAUCACAGUAUACAUCCGUGAUGCAGGUAAACGGCAUACGGCCCGGAGGACCAUUUGACUGCAGACUCCACUGCCCCCUCCUGACCCCCCCCCCAAAAGCUUACUCUUCAAUCAAUGGAUGUUUUUUGAGGGCGGAUUGUUAAGUGGAUAAUAAUUGUAUAGAUGUUCUCAAAAUGACCCACAAAAUAAACAAAGUGUUGAACAGACAUUUUCAGGUAUUUCGACUAUAUGCAUAUUCCAAGAUGAAGUUCUUGGACUUAUCAGUCAGAGUCUAUAUACAGACCCGCCCCCCCCCUACUCCCCCUCUCCCCUUGUGGUUCCACGUUAAGUGAUCUAAUGCAUGAUACUGUUGCACUACUCAUACCAUAAAAGAAUCCUUUUGUCUUUACUUGUAAUCAAUAUUGGGGCAUUUAUUAUUUGCACUGUGCAGGAUUUGUCCAAACCUUUGGAUGAAGUAAUGUCAUGUCAUUUUCUUUCUUUUUUUUAAACUGGAUCCUUUGCAGUACGCUUAUGGUUUUACCACAAAGAAGUGUUUCCUCUUUGAAAUUGACAGGGCGUUUGUGGAAUUGCAUCUUUUUUUUUUAUUUUAUUCCUAUAAUUUCUCAGUACAAGAGAACACCAAAGACCAUUUUCUUUUCCUAUAUGAUACUUUUUUAAAUCUUCAGUUUUCUUUUAUUCUGCUGCCUUAUCAAUCAAAAACAACCAUGUCUUUGCUUGUGUUCAGUUCUUUCUUCCUCUUUUAAAUUUUUUACAAAUGAUACAUUUUGAUUUAAAUGAUUUUCUAUAUAUCCAAUAAUCAACAUUAUUUGGCCGCAAACUACCAACCAUCACUAUUGUGAAGAAUUUGACAAGUAACUAAUUGCACAGAACGGGAACAGUCGGGUCUGUGUUUGACCCAGUCGUGGUGCCACGGUUUGCUGCCAGUAUUCCUCCCUGGAUCCACUCCAGGUCUUUGUGCAGGGCCGUGCCGGGCGCUGUUGGCCAGCUCUCUAUACUCCAAAGGAUUCUGCUUACACCACGUUUAAAAAAAAAAAAAAAAAAACAGGGUUUGUAGUCUAGAGAGAAGGCGACUUCGCUGUGAAGGCCUCGACCCGCGGGAUGGAAAUGCUCUGCUCAGCCUGUCAGAGACGUCGAGGCCCAUAAAGUGUCGAAAAUCUGACGGGAAUUUCUAGUGUGGCUCCAAUAAUAUAGAGUUCCUUUUUGUUGCCCCAGAACGCUGAGCUACUUUGUUUAUGUCCUUUUUUUAUUUAGUUUUUUAUGUAUUCAAUAUACUGCAGUUUUUGACCCAUUUGUGGUUGCUGUUUCUAAUAAUGUGAUGCUGACACAAAAAAAAGAGACACGGUCCCGUUGAAGCAUGAUGACUGUGUAUAAACUGUUGUGCGUAUGUUGUGUAUGCGUGUGUGUUGUACACCUGACUCUUUCACAAUAAGUGAACCCGACCUUCCUGUCCGUUAUCUAGAUGCAGAUCCUGAGCAUCUCACGUAUCUCCCAUCCUCCCCGAGCUAUAUACAUCCACCAGUGUUUAAAAAACAAAUGCUAGUUUCAUAUGUCAGCCUAUAUUUUAGCAAAUCUUUGUUGUAGCUUGUUUAAUGGGACUGUGAAUACCAAUGAUUGAGUUAAUAAUAAUAAUAAUGAUGCUCUUGUAAUUAAAUGGAUUUAAAAAAGAAACGAAAGUGACAUUCCUUCAAUAUGCCUUUCCGCCAUCCCUGCGCCAUUUAUCCUCUGCUCCAAAUACAUGUUAUUGAUACAAAUACAUAUGUAAAAAGUAUGAAAAUAUGAAUAAAUAUGUAAUAGGAACAAGCA